AUGGCUUCCGCCCGUGCUAGAAAGUCAGCUGCGGCUGAAGCACCCAAGAAAGCAAUGAAAGAGUCAAAGACAAAACAGUCUGCGGCACCCAAAAAACCUGCACCGGCCAACAAGACAUCUCCCAAGACUACAAAGACCGUUGCGGCACCUGCAAAGGCUUCCAAGAAACGCAAGGCCGAGGACGAUGUAGAGGAAGAGCCCAAAGUCAACGGAGUGAAGAGAGUGAAGGCCAAGUCUGCCACACCGGUCGCUGAGGCACCAAAAAAGAAGAUCGCCACGGCGAAAACCACAACCGCAAAGGCCAAAGCAAAGGCUCAGAUCAAUCAUGCUCCUUCUGAGAAAUUGAAUGUCUUUGUUUUUGGUGAGGGUUCCUCUGGAGAGCUCGGCUUGGGAAGUGCAAAAGGCCAGGUCGAGGUGAAGAGACCGCGUUACAAUCCCAAUCUUGCACCAGAAAAUGUUGGAGUCGUUGCUCUAUCGGUCGGUGGAAUGCACACUGCUGCUCUCACACACGACAGCAAGAUCUAUACGUGGGGUGUCAAUGAUCAAGGCGCCUUGGGUCGAGAUACAACUUGGGAAGGUGGAUUACGAGACAUGGACGACAACGAUGAUGACAGUGACAGUGAUUCGGACAGUGGCUCUGAGACUGCCAUCAAUCCCAAAGAAUCUACACCUGGCGAAGUCGAUGUGUCGGCACUUCCACACGGGAUCACCUUCACUCAGGUCGCUUGCACCGACAGUGCAACCUUUGCACUUACAAGUGAGGGAGAUGUCUACGGCUGGGGCACUUUCCGCUCGAACGAAGGUAUCUUUGGUUUUGACCCUCAGACUCUCGUGCAGUCACGCCCCAAGUUGAUCAAGGGAGUCAGCAAGAUCACCAAACUCGCCACCGGCGCAAAUCACGUUCUGGCUCUGCAAUCAAAUGGUGUUGUUUAUGGUUGGGGAGCAGGUCAACAGGACCAACUUGGUCGUCGUAUUUUGGAAAGAAGAGCAUCAAACAGCUUGAUCCCCAUGCCUAUCGGUCUACCCAAGAAUAUCACUGACCUUGGCGCUGGCUCCUACAAUUCGUUCGCAAUCAGAGCAAACGGAGAUGUCUACUCCUGGGGUCUCAACAACUUUGGCCAGACUGGUAUUCCCAAGGAAUUUGACGAGACUGGAGCUAGCAUCGGCUCUGAUGUCCAUCACCCCAUCGUCAUCGAAAGCCUUCACGGCAAGGGCAAAGUCAUCUGCAUUCAAGGCGGCGCUCAUCACACCGUCGCUGUCACUGACAGAGGCGAACUUCUAACCUGGGGACGAUUGGACGGUUGUCAGACUGGUCUCAAAGUCUCAGAACUCCCUCAAGAUGACGUCGUUCGUGACUCGGCUGGGCACCCCCGUAUCUUGACCGUUCCUACCCAGAUUCCCAACAUCCACGCCGUGUUCGCUUGCGCUGCCUCGGAUCACUGCAUUGCCAUUGACAAGAACGGCAAGGCUUACUCAUGGGGUUUCAGCACGACUUACCAGACCGGUCUCGGUACCGAUGACGAUGUCGAGACAGCUACGAUGAUUGACAAUACUGCCGUGAGAGACAAGAAGUUGGUCUGGGCAGGCGCAGGAGGUCAGUUCAGUGUCGUGGCGGGUGUUCCGGCUCCGAUGGUCAAUGGUGUCAAUGGUGUCAAUGGUCAUGCUUGA